CAUUUCUCCCGGUGAAAAUCUGGAAGACGAGGAUGGCUCAGAUAGGGUGUAUGUGGAUGAGGAGGGUGCGAGGAGGAGUAGGAACAAACUCCAUCUUAACAGUAAAGCCGUCAAUGGCCUUCUUGUCUCCUCCCACCCUUCCAUGUCAUCAUCUUCAUCAAUCAUUCACUUCCUUCCCCUCUCUUAAACCACCGAAUCUCAUUUCCUUCGUCUCUUCUAAUCGACGCUUAUCUUCAGUUCCAUGCCUUUCUAAUUCUUCUUCUUCUUCUUCCUCUAUUCCUCUCCCUCUUCUCGACGAUGAUUCCUUGGAUUUAGGAAUUGGAGAGAGAGAUGAAAAUCCAAAAAAAAGCUCCAAGGUGCUCUUGAAAGGAAUGAGUUACGCCCAACUCCAAGAAUGGGUACAAUCCCAUGGAUACAGACCGGGACAGGCUUUGAUGCUAUGGAAGCGUCUAUAUGGGAACAAUAUUUGGGCACAUAGUAUCGAUGAACUAGAAGGCUUGAACAAAGAUUUCAAGAAGAUGUUGAGUGAACAUGCUGAGUUCAAAGCAUUAUCUUUAAAAAAUAUUCUUACCGCAGCUGAUGGGACUAGGAAGAUUUUGUUCUUGUUGGAUGAUGGUCUGGUAAUAGAAACAGUCGUCAUUCCCUGCAAAAGGGGCAGGACAACUGUUUGUGUUUCAAGUCAAGUGGGCUGUGCCAUGAAUUGCCAGUUCUGCUACACCGGCAGGAUGGGCUUGAGGAGACAUCUUACAGCAGCAGAGAUAAUAGAGCAGGCGGUGUUUGCACGACGCUUGCUCUCACGUGAAGUUGGCUUCAUAACGAAUGUAGUAUUUAUGGGAAUGGGAGAACCACUGCACAACAUUGAUAACGUCAUUAAGGCUGCUGAUAUAUUGGUGCAUGAGCAAGGCCUUCAUUUCAGUCCUCGCAAGGUCACUGUUUCUACAAGUGGUCUGGUUCCGCAGUUAAAGCAUUUUCUCCAUGAAUCUAAUUGUGCUCUAGCUGUUAGUUUGAAUGCUACCACUGAUGAGGUCAGAAAUUGGAUAAUGCCAAUAAUAGGAAUUCUUCCAUUUCAAUACGACUCAUCCGAUAUGGGGCAACUGAGAUGGGUUAAGUGCCAAGUUGAAGAUCAAAUGGCGAAUUCUAUUUCUCGAUUUACUAGCAGCCCUAGUAGUUCAUUAAAGAAUACGCCAGGGAAAUUUUGA